AUGAUUUUCUAUGCAAUUUUCCUUGAGGACAUAGUGAGAAUGGUAUAUGGUCACAAGCUCCAGCUGCACUUUAAAGUAGUUAAAGUGAUCAUUGGCCCUCUCACCAUAUCCUAUACAAGACCAGCUGAAAUUACAUCAGAUUGUACAUUACUCUUCAGAGAAUUAUUAGCCAGCGCCAAGCUAGAAGAGGAGGAAGAGAAACAACUACGACUGACUUGUGUUGCACUGUAUGUGGAAGUCCUUCUUAAGUUCUUAAGGCUUAAAGAUAGGGAUCUGAAGAAUGCUCUCCAGGAUUGUCCAGCAAAAGUCCGCAACCACAUCUUUCAUAAAUACACGGAGAUGGUAAAUCAGAAAAGGAUUCGAAACCGUGAGGCAGCAGAUCGAGCAAUGGUCUGCCUUCUGAUCCUGGCUUUCAUAGUAAACAAAUAUCAACUGUCUGUGAGUGCAUUACUGCAGUCAAUAAACAUUGAUAGAAACAGGUUAGAGGUUGUGAUGAGGGUGAUAGGAGCUUCACAUAUAUGGAAUGGCAUUUCAUACAAACUUCAGUUGCCUUUAGCUAGAGUGGCCAAGCAAUAUGUAGGGAAGAAACAAAAAAAAUAAUGAAACAUUAAAUAAAAUACCCCAUGGAUUUAUCACUUCUGUGAACAGUUACAGGUUUUUCAAUAUAGAAAAUUUCAAUUCCAAUUCUAA